UCUGUGAGGACUUCGAGGUGAGCCGCUAAGACUCCGUUCGGCAGACGGAGUAGUCCCAUCUGCUGCCGGGUGUCAGGUGGUGAUUCCCCAUUGCCCACCCUCCUCUUCAUAUUCCUGCCUACUGCCUGCCACCCACAAGUCUCAUCAUGCCUUUGCAUCAGAAGAAUCCACGAUGCUCACAUGCAAAACGCCUUCAGACUGACAGUAAGAACCAGGAUCUGGAGGUUGCAGAGGUCUCCAAGGCUCUGGAGGAGACCUGUCUCUCCUCUCAUCCUCUAAUGCCUGGCAAUUCGAAGGAGGCUGCUGGUGCUGGUACACCCAGUAUUCCUGAGGGUCCUCAGAGUUUCUGCUCAUCUUCCAUUGCCAUCACAGCCACCUCAUCAAGCAAGUCGGAUGAGGGCUCCAGUAGCCAGGAAGAGGCGGAUAGCACCCCACAGGCUACACCAGAUCCCAAGAAUGUGCCCAUAGGUGCUCUAGGAGAGAAAGUGGCUUCAUUGGUGAAUUUCCUGCUAUACAAGUAUCGAAUGAAAGAGCCAGUAACAAAGGAAGAUAUGUUGAAGAUUGUCAUCAAAGAAUACGAAGACCACUUCACUGAGAUCUUACUGAGAGCCUCUGAGCGCAUGGAAAUCAUCUUUGGUCUUGAUGUGAAGGAAGUGGAUCCCAGCAACCACUGCUAUGGCCUCCUAAUCAAAUUGGGCCUCACCUAUGAUGGGAUGCUGCACGGUGAAAAGGGCAUCCCCAAAACCGGCAUCCUCAUACUUAUCCUGGGUGCGAUCUUCAUGAAGGGCAACCGUGCCACCGAGGGGGAAGUCUGGGAAGUUCUGAAUGUGACGGGCCUAUAUUCUGGGAGGAAGCACUUCAUCUUCGGGGAGCCCAGGAAGCUCAUCACCAAAGAUUUAGUGAAGGAAAAAUACCUGGAGUAUCGACAGGUGGCCAACAGUGAUCCUGCACAAUUUGAAUUCCUGUGGGGCCCGAGAGCCCAUGCUGAAACCACCAAGAUGAAAGUCCUGGAGUUUCUGGCCAAGGUUCGUGGGACUCACCCAAGUUCUUUCCCAUCUCAGUAUGAGGAGGCUUUGCGAGACGAAGAAGAGAGAGCCCGAGCCAGAAUUUCAGGCAGGGCUGUCUCUACUUCCAUGGCCCCUGCCAGUUCUAGAGCCAAGUCUAGUCAUUUCUCCCGCCCUUAGAGAAGCCUGAGGCCGAUUCUUCACUUUGUAUUUGAAGAGGCAGUUAGUGUUCACAGAAUUCAGGUCUGAGGUGGGGCUGAGAGGAACAUGGUAUAUACGCCUAUGUGUUCCUAUAUUAUUUGUGUAACUUGAAAAGUUAUUCUUUUACUUUUUGACAUAUGUACUAUUCAAAUAUUGUUUCUUAUAUAGAUUUGAUUAGCUUCAAAAUCUCCAAGUUUAUGAAUGAUAUGGGUUACGUAUUUAAUGCUAUAAUGAGGUUUAAUAGUAAGAGCUUUGUUGUUUUGGAAAAGAAAUUGUGAAACCAUCCAUCUUGUUUUGUCAUCUGGAAUAAGAUAACAUGGCAUUGCUAUAGGCAUUUCCUUGCAAAUGUGAAAGAUAUCAACUUUAAGAUAAUUGGGAUCAAUAAAGAAAAAUAGAGAAGAACAUCUAAAAGAUAGUCAAAUCUUGGCUUUCUGUUCCGUUUUAGUUCUUGUUCUGUACGAUUAAAUGAUAUGUACGUGGAUUUGCUCAGCUCUUUCAAGAAUGUAUAAGAAAUAAAUCUUAAUAAA